AUGGGCAAGCAAACAAUCAAUACCUACGCUACUUCUACCGCUGUCGGGGGCGCAAUUGCAGCACCUUAUCUGGGCUGUCCCAGCUCUGAAUCCGAGGUCCUCGCUGGCACCGGAACAGGCUAUUGGUCGCUUCGCGUUCAUUGCCGCUCGCCCUUGGCUUCUCCUUGA